ACUGCUUUACAAAAUAGAAAUUUUCAUUCACCUUACCGUGGACAUACAUGGCUGGAUGGUAAAAUCGCCUCCAAGAAAUCGCAGUGGACCUGCUAAUGAGCUUCAUAUUCGAUUGGAGGAGUGUUACGAACAGUGGAGAGCUCUGGAGAAGGAGAGGAAAAAGACUGAAGCUGAUCUUGCAAGAAACUUUCCAGGAAAGCGGGUAUCUAGCUCAAAUAACACUCCUGUUUCCCGACUUCCUGCUAACCCUUCACGAGUGGAUCGUUUGAUUGUGGACCAGUUACGGGAACAGGCUAGAGUGUUCACCUUAAUAGGAAAAAUGGAAAGGCUUCGCAGUACUCCUGUCCAUAAGAAUAUAUCCAAAAGUCUGGAACAUCAUUUAGAAGCCAUUCAUGUUACACAAGCGAGACGGAAAGAUGAGAUUGUUAAUGCUGCCAAUCCACAGAGACAAGGAGCACCUCGCUAUAAUAAUGAAAAAGAUGUUCUUGCUCUGGCAGCUGCCAUUAAAGAGUUAGCUGUUUCCACACGCAAGGCUCGUACUGCUUUAUGGUGUGCACUGCAGAUGACUCUACCAAAAACCUCCUUAAGCACUCCAGUGAAACAGGAGGAGGUCGAAAGGGCAUUGCAAGAGCUUUGUCCAGGAAACACGAGCACACAAGAAAAAAAUAGUGCAGAUCCUGAAGACAAGGGAAGCAAAAAAGAAAAACACGAGGAACCCAUACAGAUUUCUGAAUAACUGUGCAGGGGGGGAAGAAAAAGGAAGAAAGUGAAUUGCAUUGGGCUAAGGAGAACUUUUUUGCUAGGUUAUCAGAAAAAAUAAGGAUGACUCUACUGAUCAGUGCUGCAAUUUUAUUACUGUGAUUCUGGUGUUGACAAAUAUUUCUUGUAAUAGUGUUAUUGCAGUUUUAAUAUUGCUGGUAUUGCAGUAUCUUCUAAGUAAGAUAAAGAUUUUAUUAAUAAGGGGAACUGGGCAAUAGCUGACCAUUUUCUUGACCACUUAGCCAAAGCUAUGUAUCAGCUGUGACUCAAGCCAUGAUCUGAGUGGCUAAGCUAAUUUUGAUUCUUUUCUCCAUUUGUUCAUUAUAAAAUUUAGCAUACUUUAGAAAUGUCAUUUUAAAGGAUAUUUCAUAAUUAUUGGGGUUUUUGCACAAUUAUGUAUUCUUUUAAGUGCCAGAAUGAUUGCUAAAUAAUGUAAUUGUUUGUACUGUCACUCAACACUGAAUAGUCCACACUUCUGCUUUGUUAUUGUGACAGGGUGUCAAAUCUUUCAGCUAAUUACCAAGAGUCUGACUGGAAAAAUCAGAGUUUAAUGUUAGUUACAUGACGUGCUUGUUCAGCCAAUGAAAAGUUAACCAGCUGGACUAAUCUGAACCAAAAGUUUCCCUCGUAUAAUCCUUGUGACAAAAUUUUUACAUAAUAAAUAAAUGAAGAACUAAUUUAAGGAAUUUUUAGAGUUGCAGUACAUUGCAUUAAAAUACUUAUUGGUAGUUAACAUAAAAUUGUCACUCAGAUUUUGAAAUUAGAUUUACUGAUGCCUCAUGGUUAAAAACAGCAAAGUAUGCACUUAAUGAAAAAUUACAUGGUAAUUAAUGUUUAUGGUACUUUAAUUUUCAGAAACAUUCCAUAUUUAUUUUAAUAUUUUGAUUAAAUGUUUAUUUAAAAUUCUAUUUUAAUAAUAUACAGUUGGGUCUUUUGCCAAACCUUCCUAAUAAUCAGAUUUAAUGAUUUACUCAGGAACUACGUAUAUUAUAUAUAAAUAUACACACAGUACAGUAUAUAGGGGUUUUUUGAGGGGUAGGGAUGUUUGCAAGAUAUUUACACAAAGCUCACUAUACUAGGUUACCAAAGCUGUUUAACUGAUUUGUUUUAGCAUGAGAAGAUUUCAUAUGUUUAGCUGCUAUUACUAGUCUUCAUCCGGUGGCUUAGACAAUCAGAAGUGUUACGUGUCAAUAUGAAUGUACAGAGUGAGAAUUAGAAAACGAUGAAUAAUUCAUAUUUUCAUCUUAUCACACUACUUAUGAGAAUUUUAAUGCUUUAUCAAUCGUGUCUUAAAGUUAGAUUGUCUUUCAAAAUGUACUAAUUUCCGAGUAUGUUCUUAGGUGUUAGUAUAUUGAUGAAUGGCUUUGGAGAGCAGUUCUUGUUUUAAAAAAGAAUUAUGUUGAGGGCAGGAGAAAAAGUUCAUAGACUUAAAAUGUAGAUUUAUCUGUGUUUCAUUAUGUUAUGAUGUUGAAUUCGACACUUUGUUGAUAAAUAUAUAAUUCUGUUUGCAUAUACAUGUACUUGCUAAAUAUUCCAAACAGUCUGUAAUUUUGGACCUGUGAAUGUUUCUAGAACAUCUGUAGUCUUUUAUAGUUCUUUUAGUACCAAUAUAGUACCAGUGGUAGUACCAUUGUUAAUGGUAAUGAGGUGAUGAGUGCAUCAUUUUGUAAAAUAGGAAGUCACUAAAGCCUCAUUUUUAUCCACUGAUUAAACAAAGAAAUCAUUAGAAGGCAGAAUCUUAUUAAAAGUAUGCUCCACUUUUUCUAAAGAAAAUUUAAUCAGUUUCAACGGAUAUUUUUAAGCCUUAGUCUAAAACUAAAAAUUGGUAGUGAAGAGAAUUAUUUUAGUGCUGUGUGAGUGUAUUUUCUGUGUGUGUGCGCACAAUCUGUUUGCACUAAUAUCUGAAGGUCAGAUGUGUUUUUGUGAAACUAUAGUUAGUGGUUUGAAAAAUUUUCAGAGUUUACAGUAUUUGAAUUGUGGAUGGAAGUUAAGUUUUUGAGUUAUGAUUACUAUGUUAACAGGAAAUAGAAUUUGAAAUGCAUUGAUUUCAGAACUUGAUUUGCAUUUCUGUUUACAGAAUAAUUGUAGUCUUGCAGGAUUGUUCUGUAGUGUUGAAUGUAUUGGGUAUAUUAGGUCCUUAUUGUAUUGUUUGUAUGUAAGUUACUGUGAAGGAAUGUGAUCUUAAUCAGUUCAUAAUAUAGUUAAUGUGCCUUUAAAAGUUUUAUUUUUCAAAAAUGGUAAGUAACUGUGUAUGCUCACUUCAGCUUUCUAUUGCAAUUUAAUAAUACAUUUAAAGGGGUUAAAUGUAGCUACAUUUGACUGUAGCUAACAUAGCAUAUGGUAUUAGUUUUUUUUCUUGAAUAAUAUUUGAUUGUCCAGUUAUGGACUCUUUAACAUAUAAGGCACCAUAGCUGUUGAGAGUUGCCACAAGUCAAAUGUAUUAAUAACAGAGUUUAGUUAUGUUGCCUGCAGAUGCAACUUGUGCACAUUUAAUUGUUUUUGACUUGAUCUGCCUGUAUUCUUAAAAUGCGAACUAUCUGAUGGUCAUCUUAGUAUGAAAAUUUUUCUGCCCAUUUCUUGAAAUACUUCAACAAUUAACAUCAUUGACAUAUAAAAACAAAAAUCCUUUCAAAUAUGUCUUUAAAUGUAAAUGCAUUUGAAAUUAAGGCUAUACAGACAUUGUUCGUGGUCCUGCUUCCAUUGAAGUCAAUAGUUUUGCGAGAUACUGACUUCAGUUGGGUUUACUGUUCUAAAGUCUUAUACUGUUUAACGUUUUGUAUAUACAGGCUUUGCAGUUCAUGUUGAACAUUAGGUACCAAGAAACUCCAGAAACAUAUGUUUUCCCUAACUUAUUGUAAAGUUUUAGAACAUAGUAACAUCUUGGAGUUAGGAGGAAUAGUCUGCUUUCAUUUAAAGCUGAGGAAUGUACCUUCUGUAAGAUGCUUUGGCUGAGUUAAAUCAAUAGGCUUUUGAGAAAUUUGCACCUUGUUUUAUCCUGAUUUGCCUGGAUAGAAAUACAGCCUUAACCAUGUUAAGAUCUUGAUUCGUUUCUUGUGCAGUUUUAUCUUUCUCAAUCACCAGCACUUUUCUGUUUUGUGGAAACUUAUAAAUAAUUACAAAAGGAAAAACUGUAUAUCUAUGAAGUUACUUUUUUAUUAUAAAUUGUUUUACAAUUUGCUUUUAAAAAGCACUUUCUUUUUCUUUAGUUUUUUACUUUUUAAUAGUGCAACCAAAUCUGUCAGUUUUAUAGAGUGGUGAGUCAUUUUUCUUUAUUAGCAAUACUACAAUUAAAGGUGCAAAAAAAAGGUGCAUUAUAAUGUACUUAUUUAGCCUUCAUUGUUAGAAGUUGAAAAUGUAUGGAAUAACGUAAUUUUGAGCAACUUUUUUAGAAUUGGAAAAUUGAAACUAUAAUUCCCCUGCUGCUUAUUUGCCAGAUAAGCUUUAUUAAGGAAAUUGUUUGCAUAUAAUAUAUGAACGCUAACUAAUGAGAGCGAGGAUAGACCACUGUCAACUUAAAAAAAUCAAUUCCAGAUAAAGGUUGCUUUCCUUUUUUUACUGUACAAAAUAAAACUGCUCUAAAACUUGUUUAUGCACAGUAAUAAUUUAAUGAACAUAGUUUUUUUCCCACAAAAUUAGGCUAUUUCCGAUAUAUAUGGGAAAGUAAGUUUACUUUUAUUUUUAUGACUGAUAUACAAAGAUUAAUAAUGUCUAUAUUUUAAUAUACUGUUUGGUGUCUGAAGUAUAUCUUUUACAUGUAUGUUGAUCAAUCUCAUUUAAUUAAAAACAAAUUUUACAGUGUUAGUGAAAUAUUACUGAAGAAGACUAUUGUGAGUUAAUCCACUUAGUAGACCCAACAGAAAUGAGUGAAAGUAUACAUUUAACUAAAAGAAGCAAGAUGUCCGUUAAUACUUAAUGAUUAGUCAAUUUAGGCUUAUUUCAGUGAUUCUGUAAAAUAACUGGAUAUUUAAUGAACAUUGCAAAAAUAUCACUUCUACCUCUUGUGUAACACUUAACUUUAAAAAAGGUUGUUUAUACUACACAGAUUUCUGUUGGGACAUACUUUGCUAUUUUAGAAAGUUGAUGCACCUUAGCUAGUGAAUUUGGUGUGCAUUUUUUGUUUUCUGUUAGACAACUCCCUUAUGUGGAACACCAGGAAGCCUUGCGGUUAGAUUGUGUUCACUUGUGUAAAGUAACCUACCAUGCUGUGUACACUUACAUACAGAUUAUAUUAAGAAAAAGGUACAGUAGAAAGAGAUGCUAAGGUUUGUAUUACAUGUAUGAAAGUCACAGAUUUAUGAGAAUCCUGUAAGAAAUCAUGGCCAGUGUAAUUUUCUAGCAUUUUUAAUGUAUGUGAUUGUUUCCUUAUUUAAAUAAUCAGUUGUGUUGUAUGUACGUGGCUAAUAAAUAGUUACAGCUAUUGUUUUAUUCAGUUCAACUCAUGUUACUUAUUAGCUGUUCUUCUAUAUAUGCGGUGUUUCUUGUUUGUUUGGGGGUUUUUUUGUACUUCACUGAAAAGACCUGUUGUAUGUUCUGGACAACACUUACAGUUUUACAAAUAAUUAAAGUAUUUCAUAUUUUAA